AUGUCUGCUAUAGGUUACACAUGUGGCUACGUUUCCCUCACGUUGCGAUACGCUUCACAGCCUCACCUCCACGACCUUCCAGCCUUUGAGCUGCGCAAUGGCACUCCGCCAUUUGAGCCAUUCGCGCUUGUUUGUUCGUGUAUCAGCGUCGAAGUAGCACUCGGGAACGUCGGCUUCGUAGAGCGCCUGGUCAAUCAUGUUACGUUGCGCAAUUGUACGUACCUUUUCGGAGAAGCCUAUCAGUGGGUACACAAACGGCUCCAGGGUGAGGUAGUCCAAAUCAACCUCGCGCUUGUCCUUCUUCAGCUGGGCAUACAUGGCCGUAUCUGCUUCACUGAUGCUUCCGGUGGCCUCUACGAUGUGGUCGAUCAUGGCCACAUUGUCCACGAAGCUGCGGCCCAUAUGGUCGAGUUCGCCAGUGAAGUCACGUUUGUGACCCAUGACACACGUAACCCACAGCUUGCAGUAGAAUAA